GCCGAGCACUCAGUCCGAGUCCGCCAGGUUUAAAAUCCAACGCGCGGUGCGGCCGAGCUGCCUGUUGAUCGCUGUCAAAACACUUGUGUCAACAGCCCCUGUUGUUGUACUACGGAAUUGAUAAGGCGCGAGGAGACGCCUCGUAUUAACGGGUGAACUCGAAGACCUCGACAACAAACGCCGAGUUAUCGUUGUGCCGAUCCGAUAUUAGGGUCACGUGUCCGUUGCCCCAGUGACACGCGGUACAUUCGCCGAUUUGCUCCGCUUCGCCUCGAGCGAAUCGCUACUCGCGCGAGCCUUUUCUUGUGCAUGUGUCGUGCGGUGCUGUGCGGGGUGAAUGUGAAUACCUACCUACGAAACGGAUUUAUUAGUAUCCUAGUCUUUAGAGCGCACGAAUCUAUCGGUCUAUGCGGUAAAAAUACCGUGUCGGCUAUCUAUCUUUUUUUUUUUUUUUUUUUAUACUCCGCGUCGUUCUGAAAAGUGAGAAAUUUCAUCAACGCCACCGUGUGCCCGUGACUGUGACUGUGAUCAUUGUGACAUGCCGAUCUGUUGACUUACCUCACACCUCAUCCUCCAAAGCGGAUAUGCAGAUACUUUGCUACUGGAACGGAUACUGACUUUCGCCGAUCAUGGCUCGGGCAAUGAUCUGGUGGUUGUGUGGGUUCCUGGUCGCAGUUCAAUUGCCACCGGGUGUAAUUUCCAAGGCUGGCUUAUGCGAGGUCGAGACGGGCCAGUCGAAUAUCAUCCUUGACAUCGAGGAGAGCAGAGGAAAUGGUCUCGACCAAGAGACAGUUCCGGCGGAACUUCCGGUUUCCGGCGACCCUUCCACCGAGACCACGCUGGAGCUGAUAUUCCCUGGCAGGCAGCCAAUCUUUACUCUGGUUGGUAAAAGGCUGAAACUUUUGGAACCCCUCGACAGAGAUGCGGAGAAUCUUUCGCACGUCGUUUUUCAGCUAACGUGUACGGUGAAGUCAACAAACAAGAAACGAACCAUUCCCAUAAUCGUCAGAGUGUCUGACAUCAACGACAAUGCGCCAAAGUUCAUCAAUACGCCAUACGAGACUACAGUGCCCGAGCUGACCCCUGUUGGCUCGACGAUCUUCAAGAACAUCAUGGCACAAGACGCAGAUGCUGGUGUCAACGGACUCGUCGAGUAUUCGAUAGCCCCUGGCGACGGGACGGGUAUUGGAAACAGUAACGGAGUUGGCCGGGACCGAAUCACCACUGCCGACGGGUACGGUUAUUUCAGCAUCAACUUACCUCAUCAGGGACAAGUCACCGUCAACCGGACACUCGACUACGAGAAGACCCAGCGUUACCUCGUCACCGUCGUCGCUUCGGAUCGAGCAAGGAACGGCUCGCAAAGAUUUUCUUCGACCACCACGCUAACGGUGAACAUUAAAGAUGACGACGACCAGGAUCCGUCCUUCAUCUACCAAGGCUGCAUGCUGUCCGACGGUGCUUGCAUCAAUCCCGAAUACUCUGCAUCCGUGUCGAGUGGGAUUCUUUCCGGGAUUCUCAACAUUUCGCCAGAGAAGAUUCAAGCCGUAGAUAUGGACAGCAUUAACGCACCGAUUCACUACUCAUUUCUCAGCGGGAAUCCACCUAAUUACGGAGAAUUUUUUGAAAUCAAUCGAAAUACGGGUGCCGUGAAGCAAAUCAAGGCAGUUGACACUACGGUCACAAAGAAAUUCGACAUCAUCAUCAAGGCUGUCGAGGUGUCUGAGGCUUCGAGAUCUGCGACAGCGAAGCUGACUAUCACGGUCAAGCCCGUGGAUAGCAAUCCUCCGGCGAUCACAGCCUCCUCUGUAGAAGGUUUCGUCGACGAGAAUGCCCCUGUGGGAACUAAAGUAAUCGACCAGAAUGGGAACCCCAUAGUACUCAAUGUUUCCGAUGCAGACCUGAGUCCGGAGGAUCCCCAGCCCACCUACACGUUUGAACUGACGACAAACUUCUUCGCGAUCGACUCGUCCGGAGUGCUCGUUGUCAACGAGGAGAACCUAGACCGCGACCCGCCAAGUCCUGGACGGUUUCGAUUUCAGGUUGUGGCCAGAGAAAAAUCCGGCAUCGCCGCUUCGUCGCCCUUGUCAUUCGUGGUAACCCUUAACGACGUUAAUGAUAAUGCUCCUGUUCUUCCAAUGACGGCACCGAUCACCGUACAGGCGGGUGAAACGAAGCGAAAAGUUAUCAAGGUGGAAGCCACCGACAAUGACGAGGGUGAAAAUGCUGAGAUAACCUACAGUAUCUAUCACGUAUCGAACAACGGGAUACAGAAGUUCAAGAUCGACUCAAAGUCAGGGGUCAUAGAGUCCGUAGGCAAACUGAAUGCUGGCGAACAGUACAGUAUCACGGUCCAGGCUACCGACAACGGUGGAAAGUUUACACAGACCAUUGUUGAGGUGAAUGUUAUCCCGGGACCGAAUACCAGGAGUCCUGUCUUCCAGCAGCCAGUCUACGAGGUCCAGGUCAGCGAAGGUGCUUCAAUAAACUCUACCGUUGCCACAAUCACCGCCAUUGAUCCAGAAAACGACCCUGUCUCGUAUGCCAUUCUCUCUGGGAAUGACUUGCGCCAAUUUGCGAUCGGCGACAAGUCCGGAGUCAUAACAGUCAUAAGGAAACUUGACAGAGAGGAUCUUACGCGUUAUCAACUGCUGAUCAAAGCGGAGGACACUGGUGGACUGUCGAGCACGGCAACGGUGAAUAUCAAAGUGACUGACAUAAACGACAAGAAUCCUGAGUUUGAGAACUUGCCUUACGAGUUUACGGUCAAAGAAGGUGAAGCUAGGAAGCUGAUUGGCCGCGUACAUGCCUCCGACGCCGAUGAAGGCAUCAAUGCUGAAGUCACUUAUUUCGCCCCUGACGAUAUUCCAUUUACCGUAGACCCUGAAACCGGCGACGUUCUGACUAAAAUUGCUCUCGAUUACGAGCAAAACCACGAAUAUAAAUUUGUGGUGACGGCCAGAGACGGAGCUCCGGAUCCUCGUCUUGCUACAGCCACGGUGACGGUCCGAGUCAUAGACGUUGAGGACGAGGUUCCCAUCUUCCACCAGAGCAGCUACGAAGCCCGAGUUAAAGAGAAUGUACCCGACUACAUGGUCACCCAAGUGAUGGCCGAUGAUCCGGAUACUAAGAAACAGGUUACCUACGUUAUCAAGCAAGGAGAUACGGAUCUUUUCAGUAUAGACCCGAAGACCGGGAUCAUUAAAACGGUUAGAGGUCUAGACUACGAACGAGACAACCAGCACAUCCUUCUUGUGGGAACAGCCGAAAACACCAAUGAUCUACCCGGAGCUACGACCAGAGUCGUCGUCAAUGUUUUGGAUAUGAACGACAUCCCUCCGGUCUUUACCUCAAUACCGCGUCCGAUCACGCUGGACGACGAUGCUCCUAUAGGAACAACGGUCAUCAAUCUUGUUGCUACGGACUCCGACGGUACUGCUCCAGGAAACCAGGUGCGCUACGAGAUAAUUGGUCGAGGUAUUGCGAACAAGUACUUUCUCGUAGACCCCGACACCGGAGUGCUCAGAGUGCGCGAUGAUCUGCGCAAGGAGACGAACUCCGAGUACCAGGUCGACGUUAAGGCCCAUGACCUUGGCGAACCUCAGCUGUCCUCGGUUACGACGGUGCGCAUCUCGGUGCGACACGUCGCUACUGUGCCACCUGAGAUUGGCUUGGGUUUCGCCGAGGAUUCGUACACGGUAGAAAUCCCCGAAGACGCAACUGAUAACACUUUGAUAAAAACUCUGACGAUCAUCAACAACCAUGCCCACGACACUCCGCCGCUCAAGUGCGCCAUCUAUAGUGGCAAUGACGACGGAUUAUUCGAUGCCAAUAUCACGGAGGAACGAAACUGUGCCUUAAAACUUAAGAGAGGAGCGCUUGACUACGAAACCACGGAAUCGUAUCGCAUCAAAAUCAAACUCGAAUCACUGUCUGGUCUUGUCAACGCCGACCGGAACGUAACCACGGUUAAGAUCCAGGUACUCGACGUAAACGAUAACAAGCCAAACUUCGUCUUCCCAGAAGAAGGUAAAGCGUUGACGAAGGGCAGAUAUUUCGCGGCUAUUCCAAGGACAGCGCAAUUCUCGUCGACAGUUGUUCAGGUGAAGGCACAGGACAAGGACAAUGGAAAGUACGGAAAGCUUGAGUACAGGAUACUGACGGGACGUGGUUCUGACUACUUUGCGAUAGACGGCUUUUCCGGCAUCAUCCGGACGGCAAGCACCUUCGACAACGUCGACAACUCGGAACUGCCAUUCAAAUUCAACGUCCAAGUCAGGGACAAUCCGAACUCAACAACAGAUUCGAACGUCAUUGAGGCACCGGUGAUAGUAAAUUUGAUUGGACGUGAAAACCUCCUGGUUCUCGUCGUCGAGGAUGCGUCAGCCGAUGUACUGCAGAAGGAAGUGCCCAAGAUCGCGUCAGUCAUCGAGGAAAAGACCGGACUCCUAGUCGGUGUUGAAAGAGUAGCCGUCCGGCAUUCAAUCACCAAGAAUGGCACCGUUGAGACCAUUCCAGGGGACUCGAAUUUCUAUUUCUACGUGAUCGACCCCGUCACCGAGAAAAUCCUCGAAGGAAACAGCUCGCAGAUGCAAAGAGUACUUUUGAACAAGCCUGCCAUAUCCAGCAUCACCUUUGACGUGUCCACCCUGAUCCACGCAACUGCCACCAAUAUCCACGUGCCCGUGUCGCUACCUGAACCCGUCGUCAAGCAGACCACCAUUGCAUUCAGCGGCGAAGUCUUUCCUUAUGCUCUGAUUGUCAUCGCUUGCGUUAUUCUUGUCCUAGGGAUCGCUGGGAUCAUUUAUAUUUGCGUGUCCUGGUCAAGGUACAAAGCCUACAAGGAGCGCAUGCAAAGGAUGUACGUAGUGCCAAGGUACGAUCCUGUCUACGUAGAGCCUAAUCUCAAGGAGUACGAAACUCAGGUAUUGCAAAUGAGUGUACCGGUCGAUGACAACGACAGCUAUAACGAUCUACAGCUUGAUUUCAGCAACAAAAAUCAUGCUUUCAGUCUCGACAACGUAAGCUACAUAACAAAGGACCAUGGAGGUAGUACCGGCCAACAGAGUCCGGUGAGUUCGGAGGCAGCAACAACAGCGCGAGCAUCUAGCAUAGCUGGAAACCACGGCGAAUCAAACGCCCAGUCCUUGCGUCGCAAUACCCUUGGAAGAAAAAAUGUGAACCUGAAUAACAUGAACAAUAUGAACAAUAUGAACACACUGAAUAGUCACAGUAACCUGAACCACGACACGCCGGUGCUCAACCCGCUUUACAGCCACGGCGACGAUCUGCUCAACCCGAGUUCGUCGAACGACAACGUGACGUUUAGGGAAAGAAAGGACUAUUCCCAUUUGGGAUUCACAUACCUGGGCGACCAGAGUCCCGUAGAAACUACGACGGAGUUGUAGUGAGCCAUAGGAAUGAAAAUCCCAGGGGGAAAACGGUCACAACCGGAUGAUAUACAGGCUGGUUCCGUUUCGCGUGCAGGGAGGAAACGUGGCGAAACUAAGAAGAUUCGCUUUGGUCAUAUCGAGUUACUUGGGAAUCGAAAAGAUUGCCGCAAAGUGGGCACGUUGUGAAAAGAUUCGCUAUAUUCGAUGACAAUUGAUGAAAGACAACACCGAAGAACGUGUUUUCAGAGUGUGAGUUAAUAUUUACUGAUUCGAGCGGUGUUGGAUUGACAUCAUUGGAAUGGACAUUUUUUUGGCAGUGUGACACUCGUUAAAUCGCGAAGUGGAUUAUCUGGACGGAUAAAUAAAUUGGACGGAACUUGAGUGUCGCAGAUAAUAUGGACGUACAACGAUGUCGUCAUCGCGAUAAUACUUAUGACUGUAAAGUGUACUUAACUACUAUUAUACGUUUUUUAUCCACUAAAUAGUAAAGAAAGUAUGCACUUGUGUAAUAUACACAGCUGCGGAUUAUGUUUUUGUUUGUUGCUAUUUUAUUAUUGAAGAUAUUGUAAAAAUAAUUAAUCGAGUAAUUGUUUAUACAGCGAAUGUGUGUAUGCUGAUGUGCGGCGGAAACUUUUUUUUUUUAUUGUUAUUAGUCUUUAUCUGUAUAAUAAUAACGCAUUACUAACGAGAGGUUACAAGUGAGACGAUAAAUCGUAUUAGUUUAGUACUUAACUGAAACCGAUAUUCUAUACUAUUCAUGCAACAAAUACGUAUAUUUCAUUGAUAUAUUAUUAGGAACGGUAAUAUUGAAUCACAUUGAUUGCUCGGAUAUGUAAUUCGAAAAAUUCUUUACUCAUAAUUAUGGUAUCCAUCAGUAGUCAAUAACCGUCCAUUAGGUUAGGAGUUAAGUUAUAGGUAUACAUCAUUACAUGUGUACAAUGAAAGUAAGUGAAAUCGUUACGCAGUAAUCGAACGCUUUGAGGAUUAUAACUGCUGGCCUGGUAAUGUAAUAUGUAUCUGGGGCUUUUCACGAAAACUGGGCCAACUCCAAACCUCCGUUUUUUUUAUUCCUCCAGGGAUUUGUUACACUAUGUAAGAUUAUCGUGACUGACUUCUUUCAAGAACUUUCGUGUGCCCCGUUCCUGAGUCCCCAAGAUUCAAAAUUUGGCUUUUUACGAUAUCCAAAAUUCAACCAAGUGCAUGGAAUACUAUGAAAUAUGUCAAAAAAUUUCAAAAUGUCUGUAUGAACUAAAUCAUUGUUAGCUUCAUUCGUGCGUCAAGUUUUAUUAUUAGUAUAAUUUGUUUUUUUUUUAAUAUUCAUCGAAAAUUCAUCUUAAGCAGCUCACCUUCAAAUCUUGCGAGAAUUAUAUUCUUCUCUUUUUUUAACAGUGCAAGUGAAACUGGUGUGUAUCUGAUAUUAAUGAAUAUUAGUAAGCUCGCGUGUAGGCAUAUAUAAGUCAUCGAAAUUGUGUAAUAUUUGUCAAAAAAUUUUUAUGUGCCUUUUGAAAUCGAUAGUUCUCUAGUCAUGACUGAUCGAUUUUCAAUGAAAAAAAUGGAAACUAAAACGACGCGGUACGCAUUUUCAUUGCAUCAUGUGUACGCAGGAAUUUGAGGUUCGAUAGAAUGAGCUAACGAGUAAUAUUUCAUCUUCGUUUCGGCGUGCCUCAUUAUCUCUAGUUCUCUAAGUUCUUUUCAGGAUUCACACUGAAAAUAAUGCGCAGCAAUGUCAAAUAUUUCAAAUCACUUUUGCUUGUAAAAUUUCAAAAAACAGCGUUACUUGGAAAAAAAUGUCCAAAUUGUACUGCUCUCGAGUUUUAGCAAGUUUGACAUCGAUUAUUUGAAUAAUCUAAGCUUUUGAAUCUUGACAUCUUCCGGCACGAACUUUCAUUGAAAGAAAAAGUAAGUAAUACACUUGACAUUACUGAACGCGAUUUUGGGCUCAAAUUGAAAAACCGAGAACUCUCAAACUCAUUAAUGCGAGCACGAGCUGCGGUCAGCUUUAUGCAAGCUGCGUAAUAGUCGAAAUAUCGCCGUUGAAUUUUAUCAGAUGUAGGUCGAUAGCAUAAUAUUAUAUUUAAUUAAACGAAACGGAGAAAUUAUUGUAAAAAUUUGUUGAUAAUUAUUAAUAAAAAAUCAUUAUAUUUACCUAAA